CGCGAGAUAGUGGGGACCGGUGGUGCUGCGGCGGCGGCUGCUGACCUUGAUGCACGAGAGCUGCACUGCAUUUGUGAAAAAGCCGUCUCAGUGGUCGCACGAAAUGUGGAAGAAGAUCGUCACCUGGCUGGUGGUACGUGCGAUCGCCCUUUUCUACACAUGGCUGCUAGCCCUGUUCUACGUGUGGAAGUACGUGACCAACCCCGGAGUCAAGUUCUGGCGCGUGCAGCGCCGCGAGACACCUCCUGAUUGCCUGUCCGACCCGGCGUACGGCCAGCACGCGUACGUGCAACUUAAGGAUGUCAAGCUGCACUAUGUGGAAAAGGGAGACAAGUCAAAGGAGCUCAUGCUUUUCGUGCACGGCUUCCCAGAAUUCUGGUACUCGUGGCGUAACCAAAUAAAGGAAUUCUCCAAGGAUUACUGGGUUGUGGCAGUUGACCUUCGAGGCUAUGGCGAUUCCGAAAAACCUCGGGGCCUUGACGCAUACAAGCUCAACACACUCGUUGAUGACCUGAGACAACUCAUCUUGGCUCUCCAAAAGAAGGACUGCAUUUUAGUUUCUCAUGAUUGGGGCGCAGUAAUUUCAUGGUACUUUGUCAUGACUAACCCGCAACUCGUGUCCAAGUACGUCAUUAUGAACCUGCCUCAUCCCGAAAUUAUCAGAAAGAAUCCAUCGAUAAAACAGUUCUUCAUGUCCUGGUACAUGUUCUUUUUCCAACUUCCGUUUUUGCCUGAGCUGUAUAUAAGCAGCUAUGACUUCUACGGGUUUGCUAAAAUGCUCAGGGCUGGAAAGGGAAUAAACUCAAAGGUCACGGCUGAGGACAUCGAGGCCUUCAAGUAUACUUUUGGGAAACCAGGGGCACUCACGGGGCCAAUCAACUAUUAUAGAAGCAAUGUAUUCCACACAGAUGGGCUGAAAGGAUUGAAUGCCAAACCAAAGUACAUGCCCCCCGGUUUACUAAUCUUUGGGGCAGAAGAUAAAUAUAUUGACGUCCGUAACGUAGAAUUAACUGAAAAGUUUGUCCCGAAACUGCAGACAAAAAUCCUUAAACGAGGAAACCAUUUCAUCCAGCAAGACGAGCCUGGCGCAGUGAAUGACGCGAUGCACGAAUUUUUGAAGUCAUUUUAGUUUUCAUAGCAGUUCAACUCAUCCUGUCUCCACAUUCCUAUAAAUAUGUAUGAAUCGCCCCACAUUCUGUGUCAGUCCAAUAAAGUGUACGAGUUGUCAAAUAA